GAAUGAGACGCUCAGUUUCUCAAUGGAGCCGCGGGGGGCUCGGGCGGCCGCAGUGCGGCCGCAGCACUGGCCUUGAGCCGGGAGGGGGGCGCGUUUCUCUCGCUCCUUCCCUCCCUCCCGUCACCGCGGCUUUUGAGGAACGGGGCUGAGAGGCAGCAGCGCAGGUCGCAGGGCCCCGCAUCCCCGAGGACUCCUGCAGGAGCCGGAGUGCCGCCGAGGAAGCUGGACGCCGAGGAGGUCGGGGGCCUUCCGAAAAUUUCCCCCGCGGCCCUUCGUUCUGGGCUUAGAAAGUUCUCGAUUUCACGUUUCUUUUUUUUAAUCCCGAUUAGCUCCUCGCCUGCACUAUUUUUUUUUUUUUUUCCGGGAGAGUUGGGGGAGUGUGAGGAACGGAACGAAGAAAAUAAAAAAGGAUUUCCGCCCAGAAGAGAGCGACAGUUCUGAGAGCUUUUUCUUAAGGAAACAGAAGCGGCGUUUGCGGCCGCUGCGGGCGCCGGGCCCCGCCGGCCUAGCUAUGCGCGAGCCGGCCCCGGGCUGCUGAGGCGCGGGCACGCGGAAGCGGAGGCCCACCGCACCGGGCUCCCCGCGCUCCCGGGCGACUUCUGUUCGCCGGCGGGAGCGGCGGCGGCGACGGCGGCGGCGGGAUGGAGCCCACGACCGCGCCCCAGCCCGACAUGGCGCCGGAGCUGACCCCGGAGGAGGAGCAGGCCACCAAGCAGUUUCUUGAAGAGAUUAACAAGUGGACAGUUCAGUACAACGUUUCCCCCCUCUCUUGGAAUGUGGCCGUCAAGUUCCUCAUGGCCCGGAAGUUUGAUGUGCUCCGUGCCAUAGAGUUGUUUCACUCCUACAGAGAAACACGAAGGAAGGAGGGCAUUGUGAAGCUGAAACCUCAUGAGGAACCUCUCCGUUCUGAGAUCCUUAGUGGAAAAUUCACCAUCUUAAAUGUUCGGGACCCAACAGGAGCCUCCAUUGCCCUCUUCACUGCCAGAUUACAUCAUCCCCACAAGUCAGUCCAACAUGUGGUACUUCAGGCUCUGUUUUACUUGCUAGACAGAGCUGUGGAUAGCUUUGAAACUCAGAGGAAUGGACUGGUGUUUAUCUAUGACAUGUGCGGUUCUAAUUAUGCCAACUUUGAGCUGGAUCUUGGCAAGAAAGUCCUAAACUUGCUGAAGGGAGCUUUUCCAGCUCGUUUGAAGAAAGUGCUGAUUGUGGGAGCACCCAUAUGGUUCCGAGUGCCCUACUCCAUCAUCAGCCUCCUUCUGAAGGACAAAGUCCGGGAGAGGAUUCAGAUAUUAAAGACAUCUGAAGUCACCCAGCACCUGCCCAAGGAGUGCCUUCCAGAAAACCUGGGUGGGUACGUUAAAAUUGACCUCGCCACUUGGAAUUUCCAGUUUCUAUCCCAGAUGAACGGCCACCCAGAUCCCUUCGAUGAGAUCAUCCUGUUCUCCCUCCCUCCGACCUUAGACUGGGACUCAGUGCAUGUCCCAGGUCCCCAUGCCAUGACCAUCCAAGAGUUGAUGGACUAUGUUAGCACCAGGCAAAAGCGGGGGAUAUAUGAGGAGUAUGAAGACAUCCGUCGUGAGAACCCUGUUGGCACUUUCCACUGUUCCAUGUCUCCAGGAAACCUAGAGAAGAACCGCUAUGGGGAUGUACCCUGCCUGGACCAAACUAGAGUGAAGCUGACAAAACGAAGCGGCCACGCUCAGACAGAUUACAUCAAUGCCAGUUUCAUGGAUGGCUACAAACAGAAGAAUGCUUACAUUGGGACACAAGGCCCUUUGGAGAAUACCUAUCGUGAUUUCUGGCUCAUGGUAUGGGAGCAAAAAGUCUUGGUGAUUGUCAUGACCACCCGCUUUGAGGAGGGCGGCAGGAGAAAGUGUGGCCAAUACUGGCCUUUAGAAAAAGACUCUCGGAUCCGAUUUGGCUUCCUCACAGUGACCAAUCUAGGCGUGGAGAAUAUGAACCAUUAUAAGAAAACAACGCUAGAAAUUCACAACACAGAGGAACGGCAGAAACGCCACGUGACCCACUUUCAGUUCCUGAGCUGGCCAGAUUAUGGUGUCCCUUCCUCGGCAGCUUCCCUUAUUGAUUUCUUGAGAGCCGUCAGGAACCAGCAAAGGCUGGCCGUCAGCAGCAUGGGAGCACGCUCCAAAGGGCAGUGCCCUGAGCCACCCAUUGUGGUCCAUUGCAGUGCAGGCAUUGGCAGGACAGGUACCUUCUGUUCAUUGGACAUCUGCCUGGCACAGCUGGAGGAGCUUGGCACCCUAAAUGUGUUCCAGACGGUGUCCCGCAUGAGGACCCAGAGGGCCUUCAGCAUCCAGACCCCUGAGCAGUACUAUUUCUGCUACAAGGCAAUCCUGGAGUUUGCAGAGAGGGAGGGCAUGGUGCCCUCCAGCCACAACCUCCUGGCCAUGGAGGGUCAGUAACUGUCCCACGAGCCUCCUAUCUGCUGCCCAGACUUCCUUAAACUACCCUGGACACCGCUGAGCCUAUAGGUUGCCAUCAGUUACACUGAAGCCAUGGACCAACCUCUUUCUCGUGUCUCCCGGCGCACGCGUGCACGCAAGGCAGCCUUUCCCUUUGGCUAGAUAGAUGUGGUGACAUUGCCACUAGAAAGGGCCGGCAGCAAUGUGUUCUUAAUUCCUAGCACCUGCUAUCGAACUGUGCCUUAUUAAAACCAAAUUGUGGCUAUCGAUUUUUGCCAGGGGCCCCGAGGUAAGUGGGGAAGGAACCUCCCUCCCCCCUUUCCCAAUGCCAUUCUCCUUCUCAAGGUCUCUUUCCAUUCCUUCCCUUUGCUAGGAUUUCAUGGGGAGGUUUGGUGAGCAUCCACCUCCUUCCCAGAGAGCUUGACCAAGUUACAUAUUCUAGAGAACGUCCUGAGUGCCAAGCACGUUUAUACCUAGGGCGUGUAUUCCAGUCUUUUCUGUCAUUCUCUGUGUGUGCGUGUGUGUAUGUGCACUUAUGUGUAUGAGUCCAUACGUACGUGUGUAUAUAAUAUAUACUGUAUGUGAUAAUAUGGUCGUAUUCUAUAAAUACAUAUACACAGAGAUA